AUAUGAUGGAAGAGGACAUCUCCACGACCUUUCAGAGUUUGAUAAAGAUUCAUGGAAUAUAAUACACAAAUUGUCUGAGGAAGAAUUGAGGAUAGAAGCAGUAUGUGACGAAGAGAGGUACUUAGCACUUAAUACAGAUCUUUUCGAGGAAAAACACAGGCAUGAGGAGGAAAUUAAAAGAUUGAACGAAGCCAUAGCAGCAUCUGAAACGACGUACAGUGCGAUUUCGUUUAAUUACGAUGAAAGUAAAACAAACCAAAGUGACACUUAUGAUCCUAUGCAACCUACCCAAGAUGAAGCAGAAAUUGAAACAAGGGAGAUUGAAGAAAAAGAAACGGUGAAACUGCCGUCAAAUGUAGUGCAGGAGGAACCUUUUAUUGCGCCACAAGAACUGAAAAUACCUAUGGAUAUGGAAGUGCCUGCAACUGUUAAGAUGCACGCGUUUAUUGAACGAACAGCUAACUUCAUCAGUUCAAGAGGAGCGCAGAUGGAAAUACGAAUCAAGGCCAACCAGGCCGGAAAUUCUCAAUUUGAUUUUCUUAAUUUCGACCACUACCUCAAUCCUUACUACAAGCAUCUACUAAAAUUAAUAAAAUCGGGGCAUUAUCGACCAAAGGUGGAUCAACAAAGACCCCAGAACAAGAGCCUCACCAAAGAAGGAAAUGAUGUAUGCAAUAUUAGAAAUACCGGUAAUGAUGAUAGUGGACAUCACAGUGAAGACGACGAUGAAGAUGACCACGAUCACAGUGGGUACCUUCAUCCUAGUCUAGUGUCAAAUCCAAGGCCGAAGCCUACCAGCAUAUCUGCAAUACAUCAACCAUCGUCACAACCUGUAAGCGAUACUGCACGAUUACCACCAAUUCCUUCAAACGUCCAUCCGACGAUGUACGAGAUGCCUGCUGGGUACCAUGACGUAGCAAGUCUACUUGCUCAGGGUUACGAUCCUGCAGCGUUAGUGGCUGCAGGCUACCUACCCGUGAUGGGGUCGUUCAUUCCACCACCUCCUCCACCCCCAACUGCAAAUUCAGAUCAUGGCUCCCAAAUUCAACCAUAUAUGUCAGUGCCACAAGGAACGUCAUUUGCACCACCCCCUCCCCCACCUGCCCCGCCUCCACCUUCCGUCUCAAAUGUGACUCUUACACACACUGAAUUAACUACCUCAAUAAUCACCUCUCCUGCAAUAUAUCCCCCUCCCUCAGUUUCAGGUGUCUCCGGGACAAGUUCACCAAGUGCUAUUCCAAGUGGUGCCGACAACAGCAACAUCAUUCCACCAACCCCAGACAUUCAACCAAUCAUUGAUAAGAUGGCAAAAUACGUGGCCAAAAAUGGGGAGGAGUUUGAAGCAACUGUGCGAGCCAAAAAUGAUGGCCGGUUUGAGUUUCUACUACCUUGGCAUAGUUUCUUUACCUACUACAAAUAUAAGAAGAACGUUUAUCUAGAAGAGUUUAAAAAGGGAGACGAGAAUGAGGAUGAUAAACCUAAAAAAGCUCCGAUUAGUUUUUCUAUUAAAGCCAAAGAUUCCGAAGAGAAACUCUUAGAUCGACCCAGCGCCCUUCCUUACGAGAGCAGUGAAUCCGACGAGGAGAACGAGCAAAAGGAACUGAAGACAAAACGGGUGAACUUACUUCAGGGUAAAAUGAUGCCAUGUGUCCCCGUCCUCGACGAUCCUGCAAUUAAACCGAUGGUCAUCGACCAACAAGACGAGGUACUAAGUAGACACACGGAGAAAGAAAAGCUGGAAAAGGCAGAGUUAAGACAAGCUGAGGCAAAUAAAGUAAUGGCACGACAAAAAAUAGCUGAUAAACUAGCACAAGCAGCUCGAGGAAAACUUCAACAAUCGUCCAAGGAACGUAACGUACAGAUGGAGCGACGUAAGAAGGCUGCUCUGUUCUUAACGAUGAUUAAAGAUAAGCAAGUUACCAUGGUUCCAGAAGGUAUCCUAGACCAAGUUUCAUCAACAAAAGAAACGAGUAAAAGAAGUUUAAGUCCGAAACCUAGACGAUUUUCUAACCAUUCACGAUCAGUCUCUCCUGUACGAUCACAAUCGCCAUCUACCACUUAUAAAAUGUCAAAAAGUCGCGAGACAAGUCCUGUUAGGAAGAAGAAACGAUCACGUUCAAGGUCUCCGAUAAAACGUCCGAAGUCCCCGUCAUCUAGAUCCCACAAAGUAGCAUUCAAUAAGCAUACCAAGAAGGAUAAAGUAAAUAAUCGUUCACGUUCACCAUCACCGAUUAGAAGUGUUAGAAGAUCUUCUCCUUUUCGGCGCUCUGGUAGCGUAGGCAGUUCGGUGAUUAGUAAAUCCAAAGCAAGAUCCAAGUCACCAACGUUUAGUAUGCAGACUUCUACAACGAUCAAAUGUACAUCUCCUACAAUUCCCCAACUACAGACGGCUGCAAAUCCCACACCCACACCUCCCAUGCCCCCACAAACGUUUACUGCAGAAGCAAGCUCCCAAUCAGAAACAACAGAAAAGACAAAUAAAUUAAGAGAGAAGAUUCGUGCAAUGUUAGCUAUGACCAGGGAUAUUGGAAUCAAGAAUGAUAGCUAGUAGUCGGCUCUACCCACUAAACACCUAUACUAUUUGAAUAUUCAUAUACUAAUUUGAAUGUGCAUUUGUGAUUUCUGUAUACACUGUAGAAUAUUCCUGUGCUUAUUUUAUUCCAAUAAUUUUCAUUUUUCAUUUCCAUUCUUGGUUGUCUUUCAGUUCGAUGAAAGUAGACUGUUCUGAUAAUAACCCAAGGGUUUUGUUUGCCCAAAUUUAUUUUGGUUUAAACAAGUUUAAGUAUUCUAUUAGAUUCAACAAGAGAUUUUUUUUAGUCAUGCUUACUAUUUCUCUUCAGUAAUUUCACAAUCUCUGUUUUAACCGGUGGUCGUUUACUGUUCUGCUAUUGUACAUGUUUGUAAAAUAACCAGGUGUUUCAAUAGGGUUUUAUAUGAGAGAAUGUUAUACUGAUAGAUUUAUGUACGAUGUAUGGAAAUUCAGGGUUUGAUCACGGUUGCCUUUAUGUUGAUAAAAAUGCACAAAAAACUUCCAUUAAUUCUAACCACUCCUUCAAUUUGUGAAAGGGGAUCUCAUCUGAUUUAUGACAUUUGUAUCUCCUCAAUUUUCAUAAAUACUUAUUAAAUUGCUUACAUUAGGCCAAAAUUUGAUAUUGAUUGUAAAUUUAUGUUUAGGUAAAAAUUGUUGUAAUUAUUGUUAAUAAUAAAUUAAUAUAAUUAUUAAAUUGUUAUUAAUAAAGUUCUAGUUAUUUUUCAGGUGCCAGUAUACAUUUGUUUUUUUUAAAUUUAAAUUUAUUGAUGGUAUUCAGAUAUUGGUAUAAACAAUUGUUUAAUAAGAUUUAUGAUUUUUUUUUUAUCAAAUAUUUCUGUUUAAAAUAAUACUCAUUGAUACCAAAACAAAUUUUGAUGUCCCUCUUUGAACCUCAUAAAACAAUUUCUGUCAUCUUUGAAAACUUCAAAGCGAAAAGUUAAAUGUUAACAUUCCAAAUACCUUGUGCUUAGAAUUUGGGCUUCCAUUCACCGGUUACCAUUUAAUUUGCUUCGCUUAAAUUUUUUAUACUAGCAUUGCAUACUCUUUCCUUUCCACAUCGUAAUUGAAGAGGGCUGUUUUGUCCAGAUUGAUUUGGGUGCUUUUGAUAAACUUUUUACAUGUAAAUAUACAUUUGCAUUUAAUUUCAGUCAGAAAAUUUUAAUGCAUAAUAAUUUCUCUAAUGAUAUUGCAUUCACCUUAAAUUUUACAUCAUUUAAAUCAAUCAGUAAAUUUUAAUGUAUUACAAUUUUUGGUAAACUAAGCAGUCAAUCUGAAUUUUUAAAGUGUAUCAUUAUCUAAGCCAUCUAAAAUUUUGAAUGUACAGUACAUUAUUUUUUCUUAAACUAAGUACUCAUGUAUAGAAAAUUGAAAUUAUAAUUUUCACUAAACUAAGUAGUCUUCGCGGGGGCUUUUAAGUAUCAUUAUUUUCAUUUCACUGAAGCUUUGUUGUCUUUGGAAUAGAAUGGUUUAUUAAUUUCACUAAACUUAAAUAAAUCAUAUUAUAUAAAGAAAACUCAAAUUAAUUUAAACUUUACAAACUGUCUGAAAAUACAUUGUUAGCGUCAGAGGGCACACUCUGGAAACAUUGAUUCGUGAAACGUGACACUCAAAUGGUGAAAUGCUAGUGAACUUUAUAAAACUGCUUGUAAAUAUUAUUAAGUUGUGUGAAAAUGUUAGGAAAUAUUUUAUAUUUUGAUUAUAAUGAGUGAAAGUGAGUAGUGCGAUACUGUUUGUUUCACUAACUAUGGAUCGCUGUUUUCGCUGUGUAUGGCGCCCUCAUGCUCUUACACGCAUUCUAUUCCUCAUAGUAUAACAAAGCAUUUUUGUAUUGAAGAUGAUGUUACUAAAAAUCUACAAGAUUUCUGCUUUGUAAAAUUGUGCAGAUUUUCAAAAAAUGUGUAUCUCAGCUGCUUCAAACAUUUUCUAAGGCUUGGUUUUAAAAGGAUAGCAACAACUUUGGUCGCUCUUUGGACCUUAGAUAAUAAGAUGACAAAAUUAAAAUAAUUUGACAACUCACCAUUAACAGUUCUGCCAGCUACAAAUGUUUUUUUUUUUAUUAAAUAAUAAAACAAAUGCCAAUAGUGAAGUUGACUCCAAAAAAAAAAAAAAAAAAAAAAUUUAUGAAACUUUUACUGAUUUGAUAAAGCAAAUGUAUUCUUAAAUAUAAAUAUUAAGAGCUGGGAUGCAAUAUAUUCUUUUGAUUCCUAAUCUUUAAUCUUAAUUAAAUACACUCCUUAAGUAUAUGUACUUGACUUAAUAAUAUAUAAAAUUGUGUGUUUUUAUGUGGGUUAUGUCCCUAUAUAAUGUUAAUUAGUAGAUUUAUGAAAACUUACGGAAAAUUAACUUAGUUUCUUUGCAUCUUCAGAAAAAAAAAUUAUUUUUGUUAAAGGAAUUAACAGGAAAUAAAAUUUGUUUUAUUUGAAUGUUAUUACAACCAAAGAAAUUAUUAUUGUGUGUGAAAAAACUGUCAGACAUCGUUUUUCUACAGAAAGCCUGUUAGAUUUUUCACUUGGCUUUUGACAGUGUCGAUUUUAAACAUUUCUGAACAUAGGUAUCAAAUUCUGAAUUCUCAUACCUAUCCCAUCAUUCAUAAACACCUUUCACUGUGUUACGUCUUGUAUCGUUAAGUUGUAUCUAGAAUUUUAACACCUGGUUAAAUUACAUUCUGUAUACAAGCAAAAUUCGUAACGUUUCUUACCUUCAUACCAGAGAUUGUGAAAAAUGCCAAUACAGUAGAACCCUAUUAAGGGGACACCUUUGGGACCAAAAACAUUGUCCCCUUAAUAUGGGUGUCCCCUCAAUAUGGGUUGGCCAUAGUGUUAAAAGAUAUACUUUCCCCUGUUUUGUUUGUGGCCAAAAAGGGGUCCCCUUAAUAGGGGUGUACCAAAGGAGGGGUUCUACUUUAUUAUCAUUAUUAUUAUUAUUAUUAUUGUUAUUGUUAUUAUUGUUAUUAUUAUUAUUAUUGUUGUUAUUGUUAUUAUUAUUACUAUUAUUAUUGUGUUUUAAAUAUAGAUUUUCAUUAUUUUUGUACACGUACAAAUGCAUUCACAUAGUAUAGGUGUUUAUAGCUAUAAGAGAAUUCAACAGGUUUUUUACUGUAAGUGCAGAAUCACCCCAUGUUUAACAAGGGGUAAAUCCGUACUUGAUUAAGGGUUAAAUCCUACCUGAAUAGGGUGAACAUUUUCUUUGGGUAGAAAAUCUUCUAGAUGUAAUUUCUUUGACUGGGAUACAUCUUUUCUUGGUUGGGAGUUUGUUUUUUUUCUUUGUCCUGUGGAAUAAAUUGUUCUCUGAAUUUCAGGUUCAAUCUAAUAAUUGUUCCCUCAGAUGUGUAGGUGGAUCUUGUUGGAAUAAUCCAAAACUUGCCUCAAGUUAAGAGAUAAAUAAAAUAAUAUGUUUAAUGCCAGUAAAGUAGAGGUGCUUUACAUUUGCUAGCAUUUGAUGGCUAUAGAAAUGCUCUUAAAAAAAUUGGACAUGCUAAAAAUGUAACAAAAGCAUUUUCUCAAUUACUUGAGGUAUACUUCUAUACAUUACUGGAAGCACGCAAGAAAUAUUUUUGUUAACUUUUGUUUGGGCAUGUUAAGGUUUAUGCAUAUCAUUCUCCAGAGGGUGCUGUUGUUUUACGUAAACGUAAGAUGCCGAGAUGUACAGAUGCAAUAGUGGUUAUUUCAGAUUCACAUAGAAUGUCGGACAAGAGGACCUAUUAUUUUUACUAUGACUUUAUUACUAGUUCUAUUUUUUCCAAGUCAGCUUAUGAGGGAGAUGUAGUUUGUAAGAGUAGAAAGAAAUUGGUAAUGAUGAUGUCUUAAUAAUCAAUUUACUGAUAUACAAUGUUUUCAACAAUUCUUUAAUGCAGUAUGGUUACAUAAUACAGAUCAGUAAACAUUGCUUGUUGAAAUAACAUCAUUUUUUUUUCUUGUGUAAAAGAAGUAGAAAAUUAUUAACUUGAAAUUAGUAGUUACAAAUUGAUUUUUGAUUGUUUAUUGAAAAGCAAUGAUAUUGCAAGUCAAACGGUAAUUUCUUUGUUACUGGAUGGAGUGUCUUAAAUGUACUACAAUACUGGUAUCUAUAUUCUCAUGGGUUUUUAAAUAUAAUUUCUAUAGAAAAUUCUGUACAAUGCACUCAAUUAUAUCUAUAUUAUGUUAAUUUCUGUAGAGAUUCUUCAGUGAAUCCUUAAAAAGAAUUAUGGAUUUAUAUAUUCUAGUAUUUUUGGAAAAGUUAUAUUGCUAUGAGGGAACUUAAAAAAGGAAUCCACUUCUACGUUAAUAUUGUAAUAGAUUAUUGUUGUAGCAAGUGAUCAAUCAAAUAGAGAAUAAUGUUUGUAACAGAAUAAUUUCAAGAGUCCUGAUGGUUGAGGGCAGUAUUGCACCUGAAUAAUGUAGAGGGCAGUUUUGCACCAUGCUGUUGAGGGCAGUAUUGCACCCGAAUGAAAUUUACGGUAAUGAAAUUGAGGGUGGUAAAAAGUAUUGUAUUUGUACCUGUUAAAAAGAGCAGUCUUAUCCCUGAUUGACAGAUGCAGUACAGUUCUGUGUUUUGGAACAAUAAAAAAAACUGUUAAUAUGCUAAUUAUCAUAAUCCCAUCCUUAGUCUUGUAUCUGCCAUUGCAAAAUUCAUUUUUGCUACAAGUGUUGUGAUUGGUCAUUUUAAGCAAGCAACAGUGAGUUGCCAACAUCUGAUUGGUAGAUGUAACUUUUAAUAGUGUAUAAGGUGAAUUGCAAAGUUCUGAUUGGUCAAGUGAAAUUAAGCAUUCUCCUUGAAGUGAUUGAAUGUUAUUUAACUCCGCUAGAAAGCAACUAUCAUAUUGAGCUAAAAGCUUGUUUACCUCCAGCCUACACCCGUCCCUCCCCCUUGCUAUGAUAUUGAUGAUAAAUAAUGAUAAAUAUACUUAAACAUAGUAAAUAAACUUACUUAUAAAGAAAUGGUUGUCAGUAAGAUAUCCAUGAUCAUUAAUUAAUACACAUUUUUUUUAAAUAGUGUAUGUACCUCUUAUACUUAAAACUCAUAAAACCAAGCAUCAUAAUUGAAUAUUCUAUUACAGUACAGCAUAGGCAGAUUCAAUGGGCCCAGUGGUCCUAAGUUUUAAAAAAAGAAAAUUUUUAAUGGAGAAAAAAGAAGGUUAUAUUCAAAUUGAAGUCCCCUAUCUGUAAAAGUCUGUCCUGGGUCCUGUCUAAAUGUAUUCCAAGUUCCUGAAUCCCUUUGUGUGACUACUAACCUAUUCCACAAUUGGGGCCAAGGAUAAAAUAACAUCUCUUUUGAAGAGUUUAUUGCAAUGGUUCUUUUUGUAUUCUUUAAGACGUUGAUACUUCACUAUGGAGCUUUUGUUGCACGUCGUCUGCAUUUAGAAAAAUGUUAGCGCCAUUAUUCUGGACAAAUUUCAAUUGAAUACUAAGAAAAACAGUAAGGCGUUAUAUAUUUUUAAAUAGUGUAGCAAAGUCAUAAAAUUCCUUUUAAAUAAAUGUUUCUUUACCAUUUCCCACUAUGCUUCCAUACAUUCUUUUUGCUUGGCAGUUUGUAGCAUGACAGUCCUAAAACCAGUAUAAUUCAUCAGAUCCUCUCACUAUGUAAAUGAUAUGCAAAUUAAUCACACUACAUUAUUCAUUAGAUGCAAUCUAGAGGACACUUCUGUCCUAUGACAAGUAUACUUAUGCUACCAGUCUGUUUAUUAAAUGUUAUUACAUACUUCUAUGACAGUCUUGCAUCAGCUUGUAGGUGACAUUCCCCCUUACACACUCCUUCCCUGCCCCUCCCCUCCCCCAUAUCCCAAAAUGUCACUUAGAGAUUAGAUAAGCUUGUAUUAUUUCAGCUUUUCUGGAAUUUGGUUCUGAAUUCCACAAAAAUAAAAACAGACCUAUCACUUAAAUGAUGAUGUAAUAUGUAGUACCAAGUACUAACCAUCAAUGUUUUUGAUUUAUGUUAGAGAUUUGCUGCAUUGCAUUUCUCUACCAUUUGAAUGGAUCUGUGAGAGCAUUUUUGAACUAGCAGUGUUAAAUUGAUUGAAUGAAUUGGAAAUAUAACUUCUGUAUUAACAAAAUAUAGAUUGCAUUUUCCACCAAAUUGAGUCUUUUUUUAUUUGAUUUUUUUAUUGGCAAGAGAAAUUUUAUGUUCUCUGAUUUGAUGUAUUUAAACACUUAUCGGUAUGGAAAAAUAUUACGAGACAAAUUAAGUAAAGGAAGUAUAUAUUGUUAGUAUGAUACAGUUUGUUUUAGAAUCGGUUUGUUUUUUUAUACAUCUUGCAGAGGCAUAAAUUAGUCUCCUGUCAUAGUUUUUGAUCAUCUCUGGACCUUUCCGUUAAGCUCCUCCCCUUGGAAAUUGUUGCCAUGGUCCCAAAAAACAAUAGCGUAAAUGUACAUAAACAUGUGCGCUGGUGAGACAGAUGUGUUUGUUGGACACGCACGUAUUUAUGGCGCUGUUCCGAUUCGUUAGAUGUCAAGUUUGAUUGAUACUCUGGGAAGGUCCGUUUAAGUUAUGCUUUAUCAAUUGCGUUUUUUUGUAAUUGGGAAAAGUACCAACAAUGAAUUGAAGACUCUUAAACUGGUUUCAAGAAUAGAAAUUUAAGGAGUGUAACAAUUGAUUCAUAUGUUAUGUGCAAAAAAAAAUUCAAGAAUAAAGGAAAUCUGCAAAUGUCGAAUGAUAUAUUCAAGACGACAUAUUAGACAUUGGUCCAAUAUGAAAGAAUGGAUUAUUAUGUGCACAAAUAUAUAGGUAUUUACUGUGUGCAGAUUUGUUGCCAAAGUAUUACAAUACAUAAUAUAUGUGUUUAUCAUGAUUGUGCAAAAAUACUUAACUGACCAAUAGUGAAGGAAAUUUAAGUCUGAUAAUAAAAUGUGAAGAUUAAACCAAAAAUCAACCAAAAUCAAUUUUUUUUUUAUCAACAAAUUUGCUCAUGCAUGACCCAACAAAAUUGCUCAUGCAUAUCAUUCAGAUCACUCAAGCAUGACAAACAAAAUUACUCAUGCAUAUCAAAUCACUGAAGCAUGACCGACAAAAAUCUCAUGUGUUACUCAAUUUUUUAAUAUUGCUGGACAAGUUAGAUAUGUAUCUCACUGGAUAUGGGUAUAUUGUUAUGUAUUGUAUAUCUUUCUGCACUGUUCUGUAUGCAUUGUGUACUCAGUCGAAAACUGACUUAAUCAAUUGCUUUGGCUUGAUUCGCAUGUCUGUAACCUAUUGUUUAUUUGAACACUGGUUGCAUGGAAACCUAAUGUAAAGGGAACAAUUCAUUGAGAAUAAAACAAGUCCUUAACUGAAAUGUC